AUGCAGCCACCUGUGCCACCUCCAGAGGUGGGUGCUGAGCUUUACUCCUGGCUGGUGGAGCUGGGAUUAGUUAAAGGGAAACAUGGCCCCAGCCAAAAUGGCAAAGCUCAUGUACUUCCUGGCCGCUUGGUGGCGAACCUGGUGUCCGGAGAGGCCUUCGUGGAGUUGCUGAAUUCAGUGUUUGAAAAACACGCCGUCAAGCAAAAGUUGACCGCGCACGCUGGACAGCCACAACAAACCUGGACACAGGUUGCCAAAGGUUUGCACCGACUAUCUGUGGAACUGGAUGAUGUUGCAGUGGCCACGCUGGCGGGAGGUGACCAGGCUAUUGUCAUGGAGCUGCUGCAGGAACUUCAUGUCGUCUACCAACACUGGGCCGCUCAGGAGGCAAAGCGACACAAGCGGGUCAGGGGCAGACGCGUCCAGCCACAGCAAGGGCAGGCACACGGCUACGCGCGGGUUGCUGGAGCUGGGCACGUAGAGGCACACGAGAAGCAUGUGCAGGACGGCUUUGAGCACAAUGCCGGGAACAGAGACCUAGCCAGGCAUCAGCAUCUAGAGAUGCGGCGUGGUCAUCCUGGCCAUGCUGGCCAUCCUUUGGAGGUUCCAGAGAUGCAUGAAGCGUCCUUGCCCGGUGCAGUGGCGGAUGGCUUCCAAGAUGUUGCCAGGCACCAUGUAGAUGAAGUCACAAAGCAUCGACCCACAAGGGAAUUUGAAGAGGACAACCGACAUGAGGUUCCUGUGCGGGAGGUUAAGCGAGAGGCAUGGGAUGCUUUGAGCAACUUGUCCGCGGAUCGUGAUUUCUCAAUGGCCACAUCUGCGCCAGAACUUCUGGGCCUGUCCAUGAUUCAACAGCUCCGCAUCACGGCAAGCCAGGCACAAGAGCUACUUUCGGAUAACGGGCGACGGCUACUGCGAGCAUUCUCCGAUGUGGAGCGCAAUUCUGCCCACCUGAGCAGAUGGCUGGGAUCACUCACCCACUACGGAGGGGCAGUUGCAGAGCUGUUGCUCUUGCGGCCGGAACACAUUCCGUUCACGCUCACGGUUUUGGGCCAUGGACUUCAAGCACAGAGUGAUGCUGGCGAAUCUGCAUGUGUGAUUUUGGCAGGGGUGUGCGCUGCCCUGUCCGGGACGCAUCUGCGCAAGGCCUGUGCUGAAUGGCUAAUCAACUCGUCAGCACUGGCGGACAUGGCUGCCCUGAUGUCUCAGCGCCCGAGCUCGCAUGCCCCAGCAGUGUCUGUGAUGGUGAGCUGCUACGGCGAUUCGCUUCUCCAGUUGACUUCCCAGUACUUGAAGCAAACUGCUCGUGGCGAGAAGGACUUUCUUGCAACAGUGCAUCAUGUCUUGCGGACUAUGCUCAGUCAACGAGACCUUGCUGAGGCUUGCCAUGAACAGGGGGUACCCUCUCAUUUUCUGACGCGAAGUCUCCAAAGGCUCAGCGACGAAAGGAGCACUGCAGGAACCUUGCAAGCUGCAGCGCUGCUGGCAACAGACCUUUGGCUUGGAGGUGUGAGCAAGACCUCUCCGCAAGAAGGACUGGGAGACUUGCUGGCGGCACUCAAGAAGGCAACACAAAGCAGGCAAGGCCGCUGCCCACAAAUGGUUGCAUUUUCGUGUCUUGCAAAAUUGUUGUCACAGCUCUGCGACAACCAGGAUGUCGAAGGGACACCAGCUGUGUACCGCACUUACAUUUAUGCCUUGGUUGAGUGUGAAAGUCACUCGACGCGAGAGUUUGGCACUCGUUGCUUACUCGGGCUUCUGGAAAAGUACGAAGGCGUCCCUGUGGCAAUUUUGGCCGAGCUCAGUGUCAAGAAGUUUCAGGUGAGUGCAGAGCCUCUUGCAGUGAUAGACAUCGAGCUGUUUCUGGUCAUCGCAAAGCACCCUCGCUGUACAGACCGCCACGCAGAAAUGCAACCUUCUCGGGAACUUUGUGUAUUCAUCAUGAUAUGCUGGAGUGAUCCGAUGUCAGGCUGGCACAGGUGCUUGCGCGAACUCUUGGCCUGGUUGUCUUGUGAUUCUAACAAGCUUGGAGGUCUCGUGCUUGCUGUUGAGACUCAUGCCAGGUUGUGCUGUGGAGAACGCGGAUGUGGGCCGUGCUGCCAGCCAGGAGCCCUGAUGGGUCAGAAACUGCUGUGA